AUGCAAAGGGCCUCCUCAUUCAGCGUCCCAGGCAAGUGUAGCGUGGGUGGGAGAAGGAAAGGCACCUUGCAACAGCUGGUCCAAAUUAUCGGUGGGCUUGGGGGGGUGCAGUGGUGGGGAGGCGGAGGGGAGGCAUGGAGACUCCUGGCGCCAGGAACAGGCCAGCAGGUCAGGGAGGAUGACGAUUACCAAAAUACUAGCAGGCAGCCGUGGCCCGGAGGAGAGAGGGGGUGUUCCUGCGUCCCGGCGUCCGAGCUUCCCAGCGUCCCACGACAGGAUGGGCAAGAGAGCUGA